GCCGAAACGUAAUCUUUUAUUAUUAUUACUAUUUUUUUCAAUGCUCUCAUUCGUUCUCGCUUUUUUAUUUUGUUUUAUGUUAUGUCUUCACAUGCUUUGUACUUUCUUCAUUACGAGUAAUUCCUCGGAACAGACGCAAUGCACUGUAGAUCCCCUCCACAUCAAAAUCUCAAAAUCCAAAAAUCGAAACAGCCAAACUUUCCCCCGCUCCCACUCCGGCGUCGGUUAGCACUGCUUCUAGCCAAACAAUCUAAACUGCCUCGAGUAAUACUUUUCAAACGUCACCCUUCUUUUAUCUCUCUCUAUCUCUUCUUUUUUUUCCCGUCAUCUUUUACUUUAUCUCUCCAGCUCAUCCGCAUAGUAAAUACAGCAGUAGUAUGAGUAGAGUAGAGAAGGGACAAAAAAAAAAA